CGGACCAUCAAUCCAUGGAGUAACUGUCGUAUAACUCUUUGUCUUCAUCUCAUCCACGAGAAAGCCCAUCUCCUUAUUCUGCAGCCAUCCUUACAUCAUCUCCUCAUGAUCUCUUACCUUCAUCUUAUCUUCUCAAUAUACAUAUAUGUCCUCGCCGUGUAGUUCCACCUGCAUCUAUUUCCAAAUCUUCUCCGAAGUUGUACGUGCUGUAGCUCUCGCUUGUGUUUCCUGGUGCGAUGUGCAGUAGAGGCCAUUGGAGGCCGGAGGAGGAUGAGAAGCUCAAGGAGUUGGUCACUAGGUAUGGUCCUCAUAGCUGGAAUGCCCUCGCCGAGAAGCUUCAAGGAAGAUCAGGUAAAAGUUGCAGGCUGCGGUGGUUCAAUCAACUGGACCCGAGGAUCAACCGCAGCCCUUUCACGGAGGAGGAAGAAGAACGGCUCCUUGCUUCCCACCGCGUCCAUGGGAACCGAUGGGCGGCCAUCGCAAGGCUCUUCCCUGGCCGCACCGACAACGCAGUGAAGAACCACUGGCACGUCAUCAUGGCUCGCAGGCAUCGGGAGAAUUCGAGACCUUUCUCAAAGACAGCUUCUCGAUCCGAGUCGAGGAACAUCAACCAGAAACCAAUACCAAAGGAUCAGUACUCCUCUAAGAUCCAUGGUAAAGAAUGUUCGAUCCAGUUUCACGAUUUCCUUGAGGUAAACACCGAGCCUAAUGGCAGCAAGUGCCAAUCGAGCAUACCAGAACAAGAGGAGGUCCCUUCAUCGAUUUCUUGGAAAUCAGACGUUCCUCAUAAGAUGGUGUAGUGUGAAUACAAACUAUGAAAUCAUGUAGUACAUAUCUUGUGUGGCCAUUGAGCUUGUUCUUGUACGUUAAUGAA